AUGCGUGAUCAUAGUCGGCACGACGUACAGAUACCCUCCUUCACAUUCAACGCGCCUAGCAACAACUACGACGGCGACGCCACUCCGCCUCAUCCCGCCUCUGCCCUCGCCAUGAACGAACAUAACGCGAUACCGCCGAGGUCAGACUCGUUGGCAGCGUCGCAUGCCGUAUGGUCUGCGCCGACAUCUCAGGGUACGCGGCCGCGACCUGCCACCAUUCACGAGGGGUUUUCGUUCUGUGUAGGAGAGGCAUUCGAAGGGGUGCCGGCAUGGGACUCGUCGUCGUUGCAGAUGCAGCAAGUUCCGGGCGACACCAUGCCCUCCAGGCCCAUCUCGGUCCAUCAGGACUUCUACCCUGUUACAACGAUGGAGAGCAGUGAGUACCUCGACAGGCUUGGAGCCAUCGAGGGGCUAACCGUGCUGUCAGGCAGUUGGGCACAGAAGCCGUGCGACGGCAGCCUGGAUAUCCCGGGGUUGGACUCGGAUAUGAGCAUAGGGCAGGCUUACACGACCGACGAGGCGAUUCCGAUACUCGAUCUCCGAUGCUCUGGCCCUCCCCAGUUGGAAGGGGACUCAAUGACUUUUGACGGCGGGGUCAAACCACGCAGGAUGUCGGGGUCGUCGUUCACAGUAUCCACGUCGGGGGGCUUGUCGGAAAUGGCGUCGUACGAUGAUUUCUCGACGGCGCUCUCAGAUGCGCCCUCGCUCACCUCGGACUAUCCGCCACCAUCGAACAGGACGUCUAUGAUAUCGCUUUCAUCCACUCAGUUGUCGCCCGUCGCGUCGCCCAGAAUGACGCCGCAAAGCCGGUCAGAAUUGGUUCGGACCCAGAGCAGGGGGAGAGCGUCGCCGUCGCCGCGGCCUGGGGUGCGCGCCGUGCCCUACUCGGUCGAGAACGCGAGGAACAAGAGGUGGUCUACUGGUUCGUACGGCACCGCUUCCAACCGCCGGCCGUCUCCCUUCAUCUAUCACCACCCGCACGAUGCGUUUAAUAUGCACGCGCGCCUGUCAUCGCGACACUCCUCGCCGACAAUCGCCCAGGGGCAGCUGCCGCUGAGCUUUGGUAACCUCCAAGCAGCACAGCAGCAUCCGUAUCUGUACAGCAACGCGCCGCCCUUUAAUCGCAACAGCAUGCUCCUGCCGACCCAGCUACCGUCGCACGCCUUCCACCCAGAAGCGCACCAGUUCGAGAACGCUCCUCCGCUGCUUUCUCACGGUCUCUUCCGCAUGCUUCAGAGCAAUGCGGACCCGCACUCCUUGCACAGCCACUACACCGACCUCUCGGAUCCGCCCGACUUGUAUGCCUCGCUGCAUGAAGAGCAGGUCCCUCCCCCGCCGGAAGACAUGAACCCGUCCGACCAGGAUCUGGUGCCGCACGAACAGGAACUUAGAUUCGAGGGCGAUCUGUACACGCCUAAGUGGGUGCGAGGACACGGUAACAAGCGCGAAGGCUGGUGUGGUAUCUGCAAGCCGGGUCGGUGGCUUGUGCUCAAGAACUCGGCAUUUUGGUACGACAAGAGCUUCACGCACGGCAUCAGUGCCGCGACUGGCACCCCCUUCCAGGAACCGCUGGAGACGAGGCGCAUGGAUGGAAACCCGGACGUGUGGGAGGGACUCUGCGGGAGCUGCAACGAGUGGAUUGCGCUGGUAAGCAGCAAGAAGAAGGGCACAACGUGGUUCCGGCACGCAUACAAGUGCCACACGCAUCCCAAGAUCAAGGACGCGCCGAAGCGCAGGCGGGAGAGCAGCAACACGCGCUCGCUCGCGGCGACAAACGUGGCCAAGCCCCGGCCCGAGCCGCUUACGCCGCAGAUGACGCCCGCGGUCUCGGCCGCGGGUACGCCCACUCCAGCAAGGGCCGCCCCGACGCAAGCUUCCACGCCGGUGCCGCCGCCUGCGCAGCAAAAGCCACCAUCGCCCCACGAGCAGCAGCAGCAGCAGCAGCAGCAACAACAACAACAAAAGCAACCGCCGCCCCUGCCUUCCCAGCAGCAGCUGCAGCCGCCGCCCAUGGCGCCGCAUCGGCAUCAGCCACGCCCUCUCCCGCCGCAGCUCUCCAGCCAUGUCGCAUCAGCACCUCCGCCGCCGCCGCCGCCGCGAGCCGCGGUAGGGCCACCCAUCGGUGGCAUCGACGGCUUCCCGAACAUGAUCUGA